GAGGGUGGGGGUUGGGUAGGCUGGCAGGGGAACCGGUUGGUGGCAGCGUCAUGGCGCGUCUGCUGCGAGCGCUGCGGGGUCUGCCUCUGCUGCGGGAGCCUGGGCGGCUGGCUCAGGGUUGCGCGGGAUCGGGACGCGGGGACCCAGAGUCCCUUACGAAGUCCAAGUGCUCUCUAAGCGAGGCAGACUGGCGGAAGAAACUGAGCCCUGAACAGUUCCACGUCACCAGAGAGAAAGGAACUGAAGCGCCUUUCAGUGGAAUGUAUCUGAACAACAAGGAGACAGGGAUGUACCAUUGCGUGUGCUGUGAUAGCCCACUCUUCAGUUCCGAGAAGAAGUACUGUUCGGGCACUGGCUGGCCGUCGUUCUCUGAGGCUCAUGGCACCAAAGGCUCAGAUGAAAGUCACGCAGGGAUCCUGAGGCGCCUGGAUACUUCCUUAGGACGCGCUCGCAUGGAAGUGGUCUGCAAGCAGUGUGAAGCUCACCUUGGCCAUGUGUUUCCUGAUGGACCCGAGCCCACUGGCCAAAGGUUUUGCAUCAACAGCGUGGCCCUGAAGUUCAAACCAAGCGAGCCCUGACGGUCCGCAGGAGACCUGCACUUUGCCCUCCUUGUGGAGCCUCGGUUCUGUAGCUCAGAUGGAUGCCUGGCUUUAUUUGCUGAAAGUUUAGGUGAAGGUUGUGAUUGGCCACAGGGGAGUCACAGCUUCUUAGUCAUCUGAAAGCAGCUCAGCCUGACUCGCUCUUGGGCCGUGGGAUUUCAACUGGCUGCCAAGGCUUUGGGUGAGACCGCAGGAUGGGACCCAGGCAGGGUCUCCACAGGUUCCUGGGCUGAUGAGGGUCCCUAAAGCUUCUGAAGGGGACCUGAAUCGGCCUUCUCAGUUCAUGUCACAGAUGAAGGUUCAAGGCAGGGUAGGGCAGGGAGGAAGGAAGAGAUGGGCUGGACCGGACGAGAGGUGAGUUCCCGGUGUUGAAGAGGAAGACAGGCGUGGCCGAGCAUGGGAAACACGCACUGUGAUGAUGAGACUUGUGGGUUCUUAUUCAAACUUCACUGACUUAACUUACAACUCACAACUGGGGUCCAUGUGAGUAAAGUCAAUUUUCUCAACUACGAACAAUGCUCUCCCUCUUCUUUGCUACAGCACUAAACUUCAAACAUUCAAAUAAAACAUUGAGAUCAA